AUUACACACGUGAAAAUGAGGAAGGAAACCCAGCAUAAGAAAGCAGAACAACACUUGCUUCACAUGCUCUUCAUGGACUGUACUGAUGGCUGCCUCAAUCAGAAGACACUGAGCGCAGUGUCCUUCCAAACACAGCUGACCCUGGAAACCAUGAACACCACAGUGAUAAAGGGCUUCAAUGGGUCUGAGCGGUGCCCCAGGGACACACGGAUAACACAGCUGGUGUUCCCAGUCAUCUACACCAUCGUUUUCUUCACAGGCAUCCUGCUGAACACCUUGGCCCUGUGGGUGUUCAUUCACAUCCCCAGCUCCUCCACCUUCAUUGUCUACCUCAAAAAUACUUUGGUGGCCGACUUGAUAAUGACCUUCAUGCUUCCAUUUAAAAUCCUCUCUGACUCACACCUCGGACCCUGGCAACUCAGGGCCUUUGUGUGUCGUUUCUCUGCGGUCAUCUUUUACGAGGCCAUGUAUGUGGGUAUCACACUGCUAGGCUUCAUAGCCUUUGAUAGAUUCCUGAAGAUCAUCAGACCCUUUGGAAAAUAUUUUGUACAAAAACCUGCUUUUGCGAAAAUGAUCUCGACCUUCGUCUGGCUCUUUUUGUUCCUCAUCUCUCUGCCGAAUAUAAUCUUGAGCAAUAAGGAAGCAACACCAUCAUCUGUGAAAAAGUGUGCCUCCUUAAAGGAUCCGCUGGGGUUGAAAUGGCAUCAAGUGGUGAACUACAUAUCCCAGUUCAUUUUCUGGACUGUUUUUGUCCUAAUGCUUCUGUUUUAUGUGGUGAUUGCAAAAAAAGUAUACAACUCUUACAGAAAAGCCAGAAGUAAGGACAGCAAACACAACACAAAGCUGGAAGGUAAAGUGUUUGUCGUUGUGGCUGUUUUCUUUGUGUGUUUUGCUCCAUUUCAUUUUGCCAGAGUUCCCUACACUCACAGUCAAACUAACAAUAAGACUGACUGCAGGCUGCAAAAUCAAUUGUUUAUAGCUAAAGAAACAACCCUCUUUUUGGCAGCAACUAACAUUUGCAUGGAUCCCAUAAUAUACAUAUUCUUAUGUAAAAAAUUCACAGAAAGGCUACCAUGUAUGAGAGGGAGGAAGAUCAUGUCAUCAACCCAAGAAAAUCGUACUAUCCAGACAGACAAUAUAACCCUAGGCUGAUAACUUUAUUCUGGUUACCUAAUAUUUAAUAGGUAAAAUUUCAAAAGUCAAUUUGGAAAUAAAGUUUAAGCAAGGAAAAAAGGAUGGAGCAAAUGCUUUUUAUUAUCGUGGUGUACAGAAAGGAUUCUAUAAAUUUUAAUUGCACAUAGAUCAAUUCAUAAGCAGAGUGAAGUAUCAGUGAGAGAAAUGCAACAGAAAGCAAGUGGCCACUAGAGGUCACCUUUUUGCAAACACUCACUGAGAUUUUGGAGAAGAUAUGGAUAAACUUGUAUUACUAAACACCUCCUUCCAGAACACCUUCUCACAUUCUCUGACACACAUAAUUCAAACAACACUACUGCUUCUGUAUCCCACAAGUAUUGAUACUUCCUGGUUUAAAAUCAAAGCAAAAAACUUGAGAGUCCUUUGAUGAAAGCUGAAGCCAUUGGGUACGAAACAUCAGGGGAAUUGAAGUAGGUCAGAAACCCUGAGAAAGCCUGGAUGAAGGAGUUCCUCCUUAUUAAUUGUCAAGAGCCUCUUCCAGUAUUAAGAGUACUGACAUUGUUUCAGUAUUCCAUAUGUAUCAUUAGACCAUUAAGCCACAUAAAAUAUUGUACUAUUGUACUAUGCAUUCAUCUUACGUGUGUAUAAUUUAAGGGCAAGAAUACCGUACUGAUUGAUAUUCUUUGGAAUUCUCCCUCCGCCCAGCCAACACUCUAAUGGUGGCUGAAUAUGCCACCAACACAGCAAAACCUUUCUGAGCCACAACCUCUAUUCUCCUGCUUCACGCCUCUGGUUCAAAGCAACUACUUCCCCCACUGUUUGGUUAUGCAUUAGGGCUUUCAUUGCAGAUUUCCCUUUGCUAGUUACCUAUAUUCAUGACUGAAUCCCCCAAAGAGGGUCAGGAUUCUUUAAGAAAGACGUGUUUUGAAGACAGAAAACAUGUCAGGUUUUCUUGGUAUCUCCCAAAUUACUCCCUGCAGACUGUGAAUUACAAAUGUUUUCAAUAGAGGGGCGCCUGGGCGGCUCAGGUGGUUAAGAGUCCAGCUUUGGCUCAAGUCAUGAUCUCAUGGUUCAUGGGUUCGAGCCCCACACUGGGCUCUGUGCUGACAGUGCAGAGCCUGGAGCCUGCUUCAGAUUGUGUCUCUCUUUCUGCUCCUACCUCGUUCGUGGUCUUGCUCUCAAAAAUAAACAUUUUUUAAAAUUUUGAAAAAACAAAUGUUUUAAAUAGAAUAUGUCAUCAUUGUGCCAUUCUUUGUACAUUUAUAGAUAGAAAUGCUGACACACACUGAAAAGCAUCCAUAUUGGGAAGUUUUUCAAAGGACGAUAACCUAUUAGUAACUAUUCACCCCCCACAUUUCCUCCUGAAAUCUUUUGUGGUUGAAAAAACUAAAAUGUGGUUAUCUAGAAUUACGGAUGCGGAUUUGUAUCUUCUAGAGAAAAUGCACAAAGGGGUAGUCAUGCUCUGUAAAUGCACCCUUGGCUCCAACAGGAUCACUCUAAGGUUAAACCCAGACCUCUUCUCAUGCUCCAAAAAGCCCUCAAGGCCCUGGAACUUAUCCACCUUUCUGGCCUUAUUGAUUCCUGAAACCUUACACUCUUAUAUACAUUUGUAACUCUCAGAACAAUACCUUGCUCCAUUUUGCCCCUGUGCCACAGCACACGUAAAUUUUCCUCUGAUUCACCAGGAAAACUCUUACCUGUUCUUGAAACCUAAGAUGCCAUCAGUUGGUCCAUGCAAUCUCAUCUGGCCGAACUCCCACCACCAUCUCAAACCCAAUCACCUCCUCAUCCGUAUGUUGUCACACCUCAAUUACUGUACUUACCACACUGCUUUGUAAUGACUUGCCCACACAUGUACCUACUCUUUUAAUAAACUAUGUAUACAUUUGACAGCUGGGAUUGUGUCUUAUUGAGCCAUCAAUAAAUAUUUGAUAAAAUAACCCAAAAUGGUUUUAUUUUCACAUACUCGAAAAGCAAAGAGGAAGACACUUCUCAGUAUUUUUAUUUUUCCAAAUAUGAUAUAAAUUGACUGAAUACUCAAGCUUUUCUUAGUUGCCUUCCUAUAGCAUGUACACAGGAGCCUAGGAAGUGGGAUGUUUUGGGGUUCACUAGUAAAUGAACAUGAAGGAAGCAGGAUUACUAAACAGUACGUGUAUAGCUUUGGGGCUAAUGUCUAUCAACAUUUCAGUUUUAAAGUUACAGACAAAAUGCUUUAGCUAUGGGCUGUUGGCUUUGGUUAAGUAAAAUUUUUAACAGUAGCAUAUUACAAUCUCCAAAACUCCUUUAGAAAAUACUCUUAAUGUCUGAUUUUCAUUCUCUCAAAUAAAAUAACUAAAUCAUAAUAACUUACAGAUGUUACCAAAUCUACAUUACCUUUACUGAGUACAUUACAUGAUCACAUGUAGACUCUAAUAAUGUAUUAUAAGUAACUGCAUCUUGAUACUACAUACAAUUUUUAGAAAGAUCUUUCAGGAUAAAAUUUCAAAAUUAUGGCUUCCCUAAAUACAAAUAUUUAAUUCUACUAUAAUAACAUUAUAGUCAAAAGCUGGGUACCUGAUGCGCAGAAUGAAAUAAUCUACAAAGAACUUGGAAGACAGGCAUAUUAGAGUCACCUUUAAAUCACACUCACAGGGGCACCUGGGUGGCUCAGUUGGUUAAGCAUCCAACUUCAACUCAGGUCAUGAUCUCACCAUUCGUGGGUUCAAGCCCCAGGUCAGGCUCUGUGCUGACAGGUUGUAGCCUGAAGCCUGCUUUGGACUCUGUGUCUCCUCUCUCUCUGCCUCUCCCUGCCUUGUUCUCUCUCUUUCUCUCUCAAAAAUAAAUAAACAUUAAAAAAAAAAUACUCACAAAAUACAAA